CCAAACGACGAUCCCCUCAUCAUUUCAGCCUUGUCGAUUUUCCAUUAUUUAUUCUUUCUCUUUGUUAUGAACUCCUUCUUUUCUCUUUCUUUCUUGUGAUCUAUCCUAAUAUAACUCAUCGUUUCUACCUCACAAUAUUUUCUCCUUUUAGCAAUCUAUGUAGGUGCCCGUAAAAAGAGAUCAGCGCGCCAAAAUGACCAUCUCCCCCUCUUCCACAAAAGCGCCGCCCCUGGAGCGCCGAAACUCCGCACUCAAAGGCGAAAUCGUGGAGAUAUGGUCCCAAGUCCAAGUCCGCGUCAUCCAACUCGCCGGCGACGACCCGUCCAAAAUCAAAAAAGAUCUCACAAUCGAAGGCGUGCUUGUGUACCUCGACAAGGCCCAAGAUCAGUCUGCUCCAAAGGACAGCAGUAUUCGUGGCGCCUUUGAGAAGACGCUGCGGUUUAUCGAUACAGUUGGAGGAGUUAUUGCUGUGGGGGUGAGCGAGGCCUUCGGCCCCUCGGAACUAUGCUUCAACGCCCUAAGCAUGGUAAUCCAAGCAUGGCAGGGCUACCAAGGCGUCUUCGAAAGCCUCGCAACCCUCCUCGAAAAAUGCGGCCAGUACAUGUCCAGAUUGGAGUACUACAUCCGCGCGGGGAUGGAUGCAAAGCUCGCCAAGGUCGCCUGCCAGCACCUGCAGCUCUUCGUCGAAAUCUGCGACCGAACGAUCAAACUUCGUCGCUCGACGCGCCGCAGAAUCAAGGUAUUCACCAAGCUCCUCUUCCUCAACGAUAAUGACAUUGAGGACCUUUUGACGAAAAUGGAUGGGCUUGUUGAUGAGGAAGGGAGGCUCGUUGCGGCGCAGACGUUCAGUUUUGCGUCUGAGACGGUCGUCAGCACGAGGGAGAAUCUGGCGAUUAGUCGUGCAGUGAAUUCGAAGCUGGAUAUGCUCAUUGCCAACCGGUCAGAUUCGCUCAAGGAGAGUGAUACGAAACGGCGAAAGGAGAGGAUCCUCGAGACGCUGGCAUUUGAUGAGAAUAAGCUCGACCAGGAUAAAAGGGAGCCCGAUCCAUAUUGGCAGCGGAUAUACUACAACUAUCGGAAGUGCGUUGUCCCCGGAACAGGAGAGUGGGUUUUCCAGGAGCCCGAGUUUAGGGCUUGGGAGCGAGGUAGUCGGGAGAGUCCGUGUAUCCUGGCAAUUGAGGGGACGGAGGGGUCCGGGAAGAGUUAUCUCACCUCGACGAUUAUCCGCCGGUUGAGGAACCGAAGCUCCGUCGAAAGUUCAGACUCGAGGACUCUUCUUGCGUUUUAUUUCGUCGAGGGCGAUUCCAAGGAGGAGCUGAAAAGGACGAACCAUCUGGAUGUUAUUGCCAAGUCGCUCAUCUGGCAGUUUGUCCAGGCCGAUGUUUCAUAUAUGAAGUCUGUUGCGAACAUCUGCGAGCAGGCUCGGGAUAUGGAUCCGCAUGAGGUACCCGGGCGGUUGCUGUUCGACAACGGGGAUAUUGGACAGACGAUCGAUGCGAACUUUUUCAUUGUCAUUGACGGGCUGAAUGACAUUGUCGGGGAUACUUUGGUGACGUUCCUUGAGAAUGCGUUGUCGAGCUCUGUGUCUCAUCGGAAGAUACGCAUUCUGUUGACCGGACGCCCGCGGGCAUUUGAGCAGAUAUCUGCACACAAGGAGAUUGCCUACAAGACGAUUCAUAUCAGUGAGAGGAACAGACCCGAUAUCGAAAUGUACAUCGAGUCAAGGAUGGACAAGAUUGAUGCCCUAAGGAACAAGCAACGGUUUGGGGUGCCAGCACUCAGGAAGAAGAUCAGCGAGAGCCUGCGCGACAAGACGGCUGGCGAUUACUUCCGAGUUAAUACAAUUCUCAAGCGCAUUAAUAACCUCGACUAUGUGAAUGACAUCGACCAAGUGCUUGAAAACGCAGGCAGGGAACGGUCUCAGCAAAUCCAGGCGGAGAUUGAGUCCCUGAACAGUACCAGGAACGCAAAGGAGAUUGCAGAGAUCAACGAGAUUAUCCUCUGGAUUCUGUACGGGAGGGAGUGGUUUCAGCCCCAGCAGAUGGCCGCUGUGCUCUAUACAAAGACUGGCGAGCUGUCUUUGUUGACACUGGAAGCGAAGUUGCAGAUCAAGUACACUAUCUUCGAAGUUGACAGCGACGGCGACAUUGAUUUCCGCUCCUAUGAAAUCGUCGAGCUGAUACCAGAGGGGAACCAGCCUUCGGGCGAGGAUCUGCGACAGGCUAGCAAGAGGGUUCUGCCAGAGGAGGUGGAUAUCGUCAGACACUUCCUCCGCACCGUAUGUCCACCACAGCUGUACACGAAAUUCGACUUCGAGACCGUCUUCGAGCAAAAGCUUCGGCACACGGGGGGUUAUAUCUACCGCGAUGACAAGGAUACCGCUGAAGCGAAGCUCGCCGUGAGGUGCCUGCGCAUACUCACAGAAGAGCGAGACGAGAGACGGGAGAUCCUGAGGCUAUAUGCGGUGAACUACUUCCAUCAGCAUCUUGCCGCCGUCGACCUCUCACUCGUCGGGCGUCAGUGGAAACGCCAGAUCGGGCCGCUCCUCUUGAAGCUGUUCACGGACGACGGGUCAACAGAUGCACUGCUCUGGACUAGUGACCCUGAUCUAGCAUCGAACUUUGCCUGGAUGGUGCGCUCUGCGUGGUUGGACGGCAAUGGGGGUGCCACGGAGACGGUACGGUGGCUGCGAGAGUCAGUCGCUGUAGUGGACAUCACCGAUGACGAAGCGAGGUCCUGGGUUUCGAACUUCACGAGUAGCUUGUCGCCUGAUAAGGAGCUGCUCAAUAUACUUGCAAAGCGGAUGGUGGUGCGCUGGCUGCGGGAGCAGACGCCUCAGUCGCUGGCCGUUUAUGCGUUUUCGUUUAUUCUUGGUGCGCUGAAGAAGAUCAAUGGUGUAGUUAAGGUCAAAACUCCCGGAUCGAACCCAGAUGUACCCACAGUCGAAGAUAUCUCAGAAAUCGAAGAAUGGUCGAGACAGCUAUUAGGUUGCGAAAAGGACUCCCUCUGGGAAGUACAGGUAGCCGUUAUCCUGCACAACUUUCAAUUCGACGCAGAUGCCGAGAAGAGGUGUCGUCGCUCCUUACAGCUCGACCCAUCGAACUGGAGAGCAUCAUACUAUCUUGCACACGUAGUGCCCUCUAACGGAGAGGCGAUUGAGAUUCUGAACGACAUCAUAGGAACUCUUGAGGCUGACCAGAAAUGGAUGGAAGAAUCGAAUCACGUCUGGGCCUUUGCAGAGAUGCUCUUUGACCGUGGACAGCGAUUCUGGGACGCCGAACAGUUUCCGCAGGCCAUCGAAUCCUACACGAAAUCGGUCCAGGUCAACUAUGCUGGCUUCAAGCGGAUCCUCCAGAUCAUCGAGCAGUACUAUGGACGGCGUCUGUGGACGGAUAUCUUAUCCCUGCUCAGGACGAUCCAGGCCGGCUCGGGGGAUAAAGCGCACCUCUCGAAGAUGCUCGUCGACCUUGCGUCGGAGGAAAGGUUUCACAGUAUCGUCUUGCAGACUGCUGUGGAAACCGGUCAAUUCGAGUUCAUCGAGCAGGUAUACAACGAUGCGAUCAAGCUGUCCACCGAAAGCGAAGCGUACACGAGCCUAUAUUAUAUCCGGUACCACUAUGCGAACGAAAUGUUCCAGCAGGAUAACGGCGAGGAGCGGGCGAUCGAACUGUGGGAAACCGCGUUGAAGGACGACCUUCCACGGUCUUUCUUGGAUAUCGACUAUGUCUUGCCUUAUCUGACGGUCAAAUUAGCACCGGUCUACCUGAGUAGGGCACUAGAAGCAGAGGAAGGUUCGGAAACAGCGCAGGAUUAUCUUCACCGUAUCUCAUCAAUCACCCCCGAUGAGACCUCUGAGAGCAACGUAAUCCUUCCGUCCAAGUUGUAUCUUGCGCGCUACUACCAGGUUGAAGGUGACGAGGCAAAGGCGAAGCAGAUCGUUCGGAGCAUCGUGAAAUUAGCGCUGGAGAUGCUAUCUGAUGAUGACAACGACAAUGAUUAUCUGGCGUAUUGGAGGUUACUGCUUGUCUUCCUUCCUUUGAACGAUGACCAGAACGCACUUGCCGCUGUGUCGAUGGCAGCAUUGGCGAGUCAGUCAACAAUUGCCAGCGCUAUCUCUCGAGUCCCACGUCUCGAAGAGCCCAAGAGAGAUUCACCGAAAGGCCAAGGAGGGAAAGACCACAGCAAGAAAGAAAGGAAAGAGCAAAGCCCACGCCCACGGAGCAGCAGCCUGCAAACCGGGGCACCAGCCGAACUCCGCCGACCCAGCACACCAAACACACCACCAACAAAAACUCCCGACUUGAAACCUGUUGAUCCUGCUAACCUCGAUGACCCCACUGCUCCGGUUUUCGCGAUCUGUGACGGCGGAUGUGGUGAUUACUGGGAGGCCGCGAGCGAGAUGUGGUGGUGCAAGGACUGCAUCAACCUGACAUUUGACAAGGACUGCUUCCAGCAGCUCCGUGACGGUACGCUGCCGCUGAAGGUGUGUGAUAAGGACCAUGAGUUUCUUGAAGUGCCGAAGUGGGAUGGCGCGGUGCUUAAGGAUGCGCCGAGGAAUUCCGUGCCGUUUGCUGGUAAGGUGAUUUCUCUUGAGGAAUGGAAGAAGGCGAUUGUGAGGAAAUAUAUUGAGUGAGAAAGUACCUUGGGAGGACUGCCAGCCAUUUAUUGCGCUAUCAACUGCGGAUUGGUAGUAAGAUACAUAGAAGGAAACCAACUAGAAAUGCUAGAAAUCUAGAUCCUAAGUGAGAUCGUUCUACCGCGUAAAAUCAAUGUGAAAAGAGCACACCGUCGCUGCAAAAUGGUGAAAUAUCAGUCUCGACGUUCAGUACCUGCCUCAGGACCCGUCGCAUCACACUUGGGGGCAACCUGGACAACCUCAAGCUGCUCCUCGCAGUACCCCGGCUCUGCAUAUGCACGAUCCAACCAUUUCAGCAUAUGCCGCCAGGCCUUGGGCAUGAUACACUCCACAUUCAGCCCUUCCCCAGACGAAUAGCAGUUACAUCCAUGUUCCGGGGCGUCGAACAGCGGGAGUCCCAGAGGUUCAUUGGAGAGAAGAUAUGCGCGGCAACGCGAAGCAAUGAAUGCGGCGAAUGAGUCGGGCCCGCUGGGUUGGCCGUAGGACGGGACUAGGUCUACGGUCUUUGUGUGGAGUGGGUUCGCGAGGCAGAUUGCGGAUAUGUGGGAGCGCCAAGUGUUCCCUGAUUGCAAGUCAGCACAGGUCGGAGGGUAAGGAAGGAUUGCGCUACUGGUAGGGCUAGAAGGGACAGAGCACUUACAGUUGAGUGCAACAUAUCGAAUCGCACCUAGCCCUCCCUCGGCCAGGCCGAUGACAUCGAUCUUCGCGUCCUUGCGAACGAGCUGUCCCCUCGCCGACAAGAUCCCAUUGAAGACAGAACCGAUAUGCGCCUGCCAAUUCUCGUUGCCAGGAAUCUUAUUUCUCUUCGUCUCUCCAGGCGCCGACUCCACCGCCGAAGGACGAGGCUGGGCCAGCCACGAGUUGAUACUCAGCGCACGACCAGACGCACAGUGCCAGAUCAACUGACCCGUGUUCGCAAGAACAAGCGCCACAUCUCCCUUCCGAUCUUUUUUCUCCUUCUCCCCAUGCUCCAAAAUCGCUUUGGCAAAGUCAACGGCUGAGCCGGCGUUUAUGUUCUCGGCGCCGACGGUGCGGUAUGCCCAGAUCCCUAGGUCCUGGAUGGGUUCUCCGAAGACGAGGAUGAUGCGUGAGGCGGUUGAGAGGUUCUUCGAGACGAGUAUGGGGACGUGGGGUUUUGUUGGGCCGGAGUUUAGGGGGAGAUGCAAGGUAACGAGACCGAGGUUGCGGAGACGAGUUGAGACGAGUUUGCGGAUGCAUUCUGGUUGAAUCAAUUAGCAAAGUGGGCUCCAAUGGGUU